UUUGUUCCAGGCAGGCCGUGGUGAUUUUAUAACGCUGUCGCAUGAGCUCUCUGGUGUUGGAGUAGCUAGUUGAUGUGCGUUUGUGUAAUCUAAUUUCUCAGACUGUACAUUCAACAUGGGGACAGAGAAUGUGGGGAAUGAUGUCGUUUCUAGAGAGAACUUUCAGCCAUGUGCCGAAGACAUACAGAGAUGGAUGGCCAAUGCCUUUGACAUGGUUGGUUUGGCAUAGGCCAUAGGUGCAGGACCAAUAGCUACAAUGCGCCGUUGGUGGUCGGUUAGUUCUGUAGGGUUUUCAAUAACUUUUAGACAACGCCAAAAAAAAUCUGUUCCAUUUAUUUUUUGCGUUUUCACUAUGAAGACGCAAAAGAAAAGGAACGGAACAGUGACCAUUAACGGCGCAUUGUGGCUAGGCAGGACAGAGCAGUCCCACCAGUAAAUUACAACAAACUAUUUUAAAUGCCUGGUGUACUAAUAAUAAUCUUCACCUCUUUACAGGCAAAAGAUGCUUUGGAGAAUGGUGAGGUGCCUGUUGGAUGUCUCAUGGUCUACAACAAUGAAAUCCUUGGCAAGGGGAGAAAUGAAGUGAAUGAAACAAAAAAUGUGAGUAACUUAAUCAUUUCAGCUGGGCUAUCAUAGGCAAACACAUCUCAAUGGUUAUUUGCUGUGGUUAUUGCCUUGCAAGUGUCCAAACAAAGGCAUUUACCAAAGCCAUACCGGUACCCUAAUCUAGUGGUUCUCAAACCUCUCCUCUUGGAUCCCCAGACGUUUCACAAUUCUGUUGUAGCCCUUUACUAGCUCACCUGAUUUACCUAGUCAUGGGCUUGAGGAUUAGUUGAUAAGUUGAAUCAGGUGUGCUAGCUCUGGAAUAGCUCAAACACAUGGAAGGGCUGGGGAUCCCAGAGAAGAGGGUUGAGAACCACUGGAAUUGUUCUCUUUCUCCUAUCAUUCGAACACCAUGCCUGUUAAUGUGUAUCUGACUCUGUGUGUUCCAGGCCACUCGCCAUGCUGAGAUGGUGGCUCUGGACCAGGUGCUGGAGUGGUGUCGUCAUAGAGACCUGGACCCCAGGACAGUGUGUGAGAGGACUGUGCUCUACGUGACUGUGGAGCCAUGCAUCAUGUGCGCAGGAGCUCUUCGCCUGACCAGUAUCCUUAUGACCUCAUCAACCAGUCUCUACUUGGGUUUACCCAGUUUACUGUAGCAUUUGUGUAGGUUCAUUGUGAGGGUUUACCUCAAAUGACUCUGUAUAGGAUGUCCAAUCAAAAAUUCAUCUUUUGACCAAUGGGUAAAAUAAUGUUGUGUAGAUAAUCCUCCAAGAAAACCAAUGGUCCAAACCUCAUGUCUCUUAUCAUAAUCCGUUCAAAAGUUAUUGGAGUUUUUACCUUUGUAGGAUGGCCAGAAUUAGGGUGACUAAACCGAUGAAGGCCAGAGGAAAAAAAGUGGUAAAAAAUCAGGAAGAACAGCUAGGCUGGAUUCUGUGCAAGAAUGAAGGUUACUGGCUACCUGACAGGCUCACUUUCCCGUUGAAAUCACCAUCUUUCUUCUCGAAUCCGCAUGACAUUAAACGAUAGAGAUAAGAUGGUUAUCGAUUUUGAGACAUGACAUGUAGUAUGGGAAUUGUGGGUGGACACCCUACUCUGUAGGACUUGUCUGAGAGCGAGUUCAUUUUGCCUGAUGCCCCGGGUGGGUGGAGAUUUCACUUUAGGACCAAUGGAAUGGUCUAAAAUGUGUCAACUCCGCGGCACCCGGCAAAGCAAAACGAACUCGCCCUGUGUUUCAAACCUUAUCUGUUUUACCUUAACAGUGCAACAGACAUUCCUCUGGUGGUGUAUGGGUGCAAUAAUGACAGGUUUGGUGGCUGUGGAUCUGUUCUAGACAUCCCCUCUGCUGAUCUACCUCACACUGGCUCAUCAUUUAAGGUACAAUAUGUCAUCCAGUGUUCACAGCAUUCUUUUUACACCCAAUCUCUCUUUGUGCUUUUGUUGGAAAGAGACUGAUUAUCCCGUGUUGAAAUGCAUCCGCAUCUGAGCCUAGCCUAGAGUUGAAUAGGAUCAUUCAUUUACUUCAGGAGGGCGUUGAUUAAACAGUUGCUCCUUCAUUUUCAGUGUAUCUCUGGCUUCAGAGGAGAGGAAGCAGUGGAGAUGCUGAAGACCUUUUAUAAACAGGAGAACCCUAAUGGUAAGAACUGCUACUUUAGGAUUUAUCUUAUCCUGUAACCAGCAUUAUAAGUAUCUAAGUAUUUUUAUGUACAUUAUAGUUGCAAAACUGUGAAAUACAGAUUUUUCUAUUUCAGCUCCCAAGCCGAAGACGAGGAAGGAGUGAGAUUAUGUUGGUGUCCAGCAGGGGGCUCUAGACUUUAAGAAAUGUGGUGAGGGGCAGAGGAGAAUGAUGGAAAGGGAGUUGCUAACAAAGCUUUUUCUUAAACAGACUUGGAUUUGUCUGUCUGACAAAUGUUUUUUUUUUUUUUUGUGUGUUCUCACUUAUUCGCUCAGACUUUUGCGUCAGCACUCAUUUUUAUUUUCAUAUUAUUGACAGUAUAUGAGACCCUUAUAGUAUAGUUUGCCUGGACACUAUCCAGGGCCUGUAAAGUGGCUUGAUUGCGUCGCUCUGUCGGCUCUGUGGCUUUCCUGUGUGGCUGGCUGGCUGUGUGAGGAGCUUCUGCUGACUUUAUUAUGGUUAUUAGUGUACAGUACCAAGUGCAGUCGUGGUCAAAAGUUUUGAGAGUGACACAAAUACUAAUUUUCACAAAGUCUGCUGCCUCAGUUUUGAUGAUGGCAGUUUGCAUAUACUCCAGAAUGUCAUGAAGAGUGAUCAGAUGAAUUGCAAUUAAUUGCAAAGUCCCCCUUUGCCAUGAAAAUGAACUUAAUCCACAAAAAACUUUUCCACUGCAUUUCAGCCCUGCCACAAAAGGACCAGCUGACAUCAUGUCAGUGAUUCUCUCGUUAACACAGGUGAGAGUGUUGACGAGGACAAGGCUGGAGAUCACUCUGUCAUGCUGAUUGAGUUAGAAUAACAGACUGGAAGCUUUAAAAGGAGGGUGGUGCUUGAAAUCAUUGUUCUUCCUCUGUUAACAUUUUACAUUUUAGUCAUUUAGCAGACGCUCUUAUCCAGAGCGACUUACAGUUGGUGAAUGCAUACAUUUUUCAUAACCAUGGUUACCUGCAAGGAAACACGUGCCGUCAUCAUUGCUUUGCACAAAAAGGGCUUCACAGGCAAGGAUAUUGCUGCUAGUAAGAUUGCACCUAAAUCAACCAUUUAUCGGAUAAUCAAGAACUUCAAGGAGAGAGGUUCAAUUGUUGUGAAGAAGGCGUCAGGGUGCCCAAGAAAGUCCAGCAAGUGCCAGGACCGUCUCCUAAAGUUGAUUCAGCUGCGGGAUCGGGGCACCACCAGUGCAGAGCUUGCUCAGGAAUGGCAGCAGGCAGGUGUGAGUGCAUCUGCACGCACAGUGAGGCGAAGACUUUUGGAGGUUGGCCUGGUGUCAAGAAGGGCAGCAAAGAAGCCACUUCUCUCCAGGAAAAACAUCAGGGACAGACUGAUAUUCUGCAAAAGGUACAGGGAUUGGACUGCUGAGGACUGGGGUAAAGUCAUUUGCCCAGAAGUUAAUUGACAGCAUGCCAGGGCGGAUUGCAGAGGUCUUGAAAAAGAAGGGUCAACACUGCAAAUAUUGACUCUUUGCAUAAACUUAAUGUAAUUGUCAAUAAAAGACUUUGACACUUAUGGAAUGCUUGUAAUUAUACUUCAGUAUACCAUAGUAACAUCUGACAAAAAUAUUUCAUAACACUGAAGCCGCAAACCUUGUGAAGACCAAUACUUGUGUCAUUCUCAAAACUUUUGACCACGACUGUAGACAGAAACUGGCUGGACUGCAUUAUUGUCUGGGUUCUCCUCCUCUCCAUGUUCUCAUCUAAUCCAGAUGUGAUCUCACUCCAAGCACCAUGGGUCUGGGAUGAGCUUAAGGCAGGUGCCGGAGCACCCUCAGCAACGUCUAAAGGAGCGCUCUCUCUCUGGUGUCUCAGUCAUCAACUGCCGUCAUGGAUCUGAAAUCAGUGUUGCCCCCUGAGGCCAUUUCCCACUCCAAUGUAUCAUGUCUGUGAUCGUUUCUGGGUUUGUCUUGGAUUGUUAAGUGCUGGUGUCGUCAUGUACAAUAUGGUGGUGGCGUUCUCUACUUCUUUGAAAAUGUUGUUACUAAGUGCCAUGGCUGUUUUGUGAUUUAUUUAUUUCUGCUGAAUAACAAAUACGUAUUCACACAGUUACUCUCAGCGGGAGAAGGAACACUGAAUAGUGAAACAGACUGGGAGCGCCCAUGCAGACAGUCCUGUCCUGUCUCUCCCACUGAACGACUAGGCCAGACAUCACUGCAGAGGGACCAUAUUCCAAUGAGAGGGACCCACUUAUUUCAGAUCAGAAAGAAGACCAGUUCCAUUCCAUCCAUUCCAUCCACUCCCACUGUUUCUUUAAUAUUAGUCUCUGUAACCACCAACACUCACACGAGGACUGCAGUUUGGUGUGUGACAAACGGCAUGUGUUUGUAGGACAGACCACAUCUGUGUGGGAUCAGAGUCAGUCUGAAACUCCUCCCCAUCCCAUCACUUGCAGUAGGCAGGCUGCAUCCCUCAGCCUUAAACCCUUAGUGGUCCCUUCCCUGGACAGGAUCAGGAACAGAGGAACGAACAGCUCAGUCCAGGCAGCAUCAGACAGUACAGGUUGUACCAGCUCCUAAUGAAUGCUCCACACUCUGACCUACUUUAACUUUCACUAUUGUUUUUUAC